AUGUUGAGCAACAUCCCCAAAGGCCGAAAGUCGAUAUUUAAGGAGGUAGGAUUGGUCGAAUUGGGCGGCCACAACCACGACGACCACGACCACUGCCACGAAGACGACGAGAACGGGAGCGAGGAACAUCAGUCGCGAUCACACAGGAGUUUGGAUGAGAAAGAAUUAGGGCAAAUGACGGGCCUGACUUCGGAACCAACGUCGCCAUUAGCGGCAAUCAAACCUAGAGGGUCGACAGAUUCCGAGAGGACAGAGAGCACAAAAGUGAUAAGGUGGUUAUCCAGGUUGGCUCCAAGGAAGCGAGGGAGGAUUAAGGCAAGUUACAGUGGACCUCCUCCGACCGUUUCAGGCCUCCCCCGGCUCACGAUAAUGGCCCUGAUCAUUGCUAUUAUCAUUCCUACUCUGAGUUACAACAAUGGGCACCAGAAGGUGGAGAUGAGCGGUGUCGAUGCGAGCCUUAUCUGGACAACCCCGGGCAUUAUCCUCGAGGGACGGGCUGACAGUCCAACCGACGUGUGCACAAGAUGGGCGCAUCAAUCUGCCGUGCUCAAUGGCACUCUCUACAUAUACGGUGGCGAGUCCAAGUCAUCGAGUGGCCAGACCACAGACACUUGGAAUAAUGACCUCGUCACGUUAGACUUGACCAAGUCAUGGUCAGUCAGUGAACCAGCUGUGAGCGGUCUCCCCCAGCCGUUGGGCCCUCCUGCCGUUGCGCUGGGCUACCUGUGGAACGACUACAACAACCUGUACCUGUACGGCGGAGAAUUUGCUGACAACCCCUUCGUUGAACCGGUUGAUUUGUCAAUAUGGCGGUAUAGUGUCUCAACUUCGUCAUGGUUCGAGAUUUCCAAUCCCAAGACGUCUGCGGGCAACUUCUCGGAGCCAGAUAAUGUGCCCCUCAAGCGAGCGGCAGAAGGAGCUGGCAUUUCCGUGCCCGAGUUGGGCCGAAGUUGGUACUUCGGUGGACAUCUCGACUGGUCGACGAUGCCGGGCUGGUCUAACCAAACGGAGCGUGUCUACUUGAGGAGUCUCCUCGAGUUCACGCACCCCGGAUACGCCAACUCGGGCGUCGACUCACUGCAUACCUCUGGUGCUGGUAGCAACGGUGUCUAUCGUAACAUCACCCAGGGCGGCAUUCAGGAGGCGUCGGGAUUUUCCGAACGUGCCGACGGUGUGCUCAUUUUUGUUCCCGGCUGGGGGCCCAGCGGCAUCUUGCUUGGUCUUGGGGGCGGUACCGUCGAUAACUCGGAAACUUCAGACACAUUCAGCAGCAUGUCGACAAUUGACGUGUACGAUAUCGAGACCAGCAUGUGGUACCACCAGGAGACGUCGGGCACAGCACCCGAGGUGCGCGUCAAUCCCUGUGCCGUUAUUUUCUCGGCCCCUGACGCUAGCUCCUUCAAUAUCUACAUGUACGGCGGGCAGAACCUGCUCCCUGUCGCGGGACAGACGCAGUACACCGAUAUGUGGGUGCUUACCAUUCCCUCCUUUACCUGGAUCAAGGUCGACACCAACUUGGACGACCAGCCCGCCGCGAGAGCUGGCCACACGUGCAAUGCCCGUGACGGCCAGAUGGUGGUGGUUGGCGGAUUUGUAGGUGACGGCAUUGGCUGCGACAGUCCCGGCAUUUAUAACUUCAAUGCAUCAUCUUUGCAAUGGCAGGACAGCUUCACUGCCUUUGAACACCCGGCCGAUCUGGACCCUGAGAACAGCAUCCUGGCCGGCAGCUACAGAUACCGCGUGCCUGGCGUGGUACAAUCUGUCAUUGGCGGCUCUUCGGACGGCGGCGCAACUGCCACCACCCCUGCCUCUGGUCCCGCCACGGGAGGUCCCUUUGCUACAGGAAAACCCCCUGUAUUCACCAUCACCGCUUCUGGCAGCACCGCCACCAUCACAUCGCCAAGUUCGUCCGGUAGAGGCUCGGGCGCAUCAAAAGGGGGACUCAUUGCAGCUUGUGUCAUCGCCGGCCUUGCCGGUCUCCUAGCUGCCUACCUGGGCUUUUGUGCCUGGCUGUACCGUCGACAAGUGAAGGCCUACAAGCGCCACAUGGCCGUUGCGAACCGUUAUGGUGGCGCUGACGGUCUCGGCUUCGUCGGUGCUACGCCUGGUGCUGGUAUACGCGACAAGCUGCGCAAGCAUCGCAACGGCGGUGUCACCGAGGACGCCCCCGAGGAACAGUUCGGCUGGGUCGGUCAGGGACAACCCCAGUUCGGCGACCCUAAGUGGCUGUCUACUAGCGACGAGCCAACCCCUGGCUCCGGCUCUGGUUCCGGUACUCGGCCGCGUCCCAGCGAAGACCGUGCCCAUCCUUGGGGUUGGUUCGGCAGCUCAACCAGUGGAAAUAAUACUGGAGUUGGAAGAAUGAAGAGCAGUGCCACAAGGAGUACUGCCAGCGGCAGUUCGACAGAUGGCCUCAUGGAUGGCGAGCCCAGUUUCUUUAGCGUUGUUAUCGGUCCUAGAAGGGCCCUGAGAGUUGUCAACGGCAUGCAGGCCGAGGAAGCCGAAAAGGAAUAG